AUGCCUUUCCACCCUGUCCAUACCGGCCUCUUGUAUAAAGGGAAUUACCUGAGCGGAUCGCUGUCCGACGGCAGCGAGAGCGAACAGUUGGCCAACAUCUCGGAGGAGGAACUGGAUGAAAUAAGAGAAGCUUUUCGAGUUUUGGAUCGAGACGGCAACGGGUUCAUUUCAAAGCAAGAGUUGGGCAUGGCCAUGAGAUCCCUGGGCUAUAUGCCCAGUGAGGUGGAACUUGCAAUCAUCAUGCAGAGGCUGGAUAUGGAUGGUGAUGGACAAGUGGAUUUUGAUGAAUUUAUGACAAUACUCGGCCCUAAACUUUUGUCAUCUGAAGCGCGAGAAGGGUUUCAUGGCAGCACAAUAGACUCGAUAUUUUGGCAGUUUGAUAUGCAGAGGAUUACACUGGAAGAAUUGAAGCACAUAUUAUUUCAUGCAUUUCGGGACCAUUUGACAAUGAAAGACAUUGAGAACAUCAUCAUUACAGAGGAGGAGAGCCUGAAUGAAAGUUCGAGUAAUUGUCAUACUGAAUUUGAAGGGGUGCAUUCACAAAAGAAGAAUAGACAGACGUGUGUGAGGAAGAGCCUGAUCUGUGCGUUUGGAGUGGCUUUCAUCAUAAGUGUCAUGUUGAUUGCAGCCAAUCAGAUACUCAGGAAUGGCAUGGAGUAA